GCAGACGUCGUUGCCAUGAUUGGCGAGGCAGUUGGCACCGGGUCGUUCCUCUUCUUUGCAUUUGCAGGCACGGAGGUUGCUGUCUACGGCCAAACCUCCGGUCAAACGACUGAUUUUGAUCCAACUACGGUCCUCUACAUCGCCAUCGCUUUCGGUAUGUCGCUGAUGGUGAACGUCUUCAUUUUCUUCCGCGUCUCUGGUGCUUUGUUCAACCCUGCGGUGACUUUUGCCAUGUUGUUGACACAGUCCAUCACGCCUCUGCGCUGUUUCUUGCUCUUCAUUUCCCAGAUUCUGGCAUGCAUGUUCUCUUCAUACAUUGUCUCGGUCUUGAUUCCUACAAAAUUCGGAGUCGUCACCAAGCCUUCGAACGGCUGCAGCACCGCACAAGCUGUGGUCCUUGAGAUGCUUCUGACGGCCUACCUUAUUAUGAGCAUUUUCAUGCUGGCUGGAGAGAAGCACAAGGGCAGAUUUAUGGCACCGGUCAGCAUCGGCAUGGCUCUAUUCUCAGCCCAUCUUGUUGGCGUGCAAUGGACCGGCGCCAGCUUGAACCCAGCCCGCAGCUUUGGCCCGGCGGUCGUCAGCGGCGACUGGACUCAACACUGGAUCUACUGGGUUGGUCCUGCGGCAGGCGCUGCGAUAGCGGCCGGGUUGUACAGACUCUUCAAGAUCAUGAAAUACCAAGAGGCGAACCCUGGUGCCGAUACCGAUGAAGAUUCACCGAAGAGCGCUGCUGUGUACAAGCGGGCUGCGGAUGCGCGGUAGAACUGGCGCUAGAAGAUCAGGGAAUAUGUCGGCUAUGCGGGGAGGUAACCGGAUAAGACGACACUGCGCUUUCCAUUCUAUUCAUUGUCGAUUCGGCUCAAUUUUUAUGCCCUUGUGUUUCAAACUGCGCUCGUUUUCUGUCGAUUUGUAUUAGCGAGAGUCGUUGAUGUCAUACGUGUAGUUACUAUCGAAAGUUGACAUAUCCGUUGC